UAUCACCAAGGGAGACGCGCAGGUUGCGUCUGUGCCAAUGGUUUGUGCACUGCUGUGUUGUGGAUGGUCGGGAGAGCUUGCGUAAUUUGGAGAGAAUUAACGUGUGGGUAGAAGCCACGUAGAGAAAUCUUCAACAUCUCAAAAAGGGACAUUUCAGAGUCUCUGUUGAAUAUAGCUGUGGAAUGGAUUUACAGCCAGUAGAAAGAUGAUGCGGGUAGAAUACCCUAUUGGAAAGCGACUGUCGCCUUUGCCUGUAGGUUCUCAAAGCUAACACCAUGCCAUAAGGAACUGUGUGCUACAACGAUUUUACUGUGGGCUGGAACUAUUCUUUUGGGCUGGAAAGAGGACCCUCUCCACUUUCAACAUGCUGAUAGCUAACAAUAGCAUUUUCAGAGAGCUCUUCCAAUGUCUCUGGCCGAUAGCAGGCCUCCGAGCUCCUCAGUCAGUGGAAUAGUCCUUAAUUAGGAAAAACAAGCGCACUGCACCGCCAUCUGCUCUACAUAAACAGAUAUAUUGGACACAUCAAGCUGCCGUGCAGAAGCUCAAGCCGGCAGCUGGCAGCUGGCACUUCUGCAUGUGUGCACCUGUGUCUGUAUAGUUAGUGUGUAUGUUUCCCUGUCUGCAUGUGUGUGUGAAUGUGCGCCACCUUGGAUCCUGCUCGGAGCCACACACAGCCCGGGCGCCCAGCCUUCGGCCCGGAGAUGCUACAGACCAACAACUACUCCCUGGUGCUGCUGAUCCAGCUGAGCUUGUUGACCUUUGACCUGUUUGUCAACUCCUUCAGCGAGCUGCUGAGGGCCGCGCCCGUCGUCCAGCUGGUGCUCUUCAUUAUCCAGGACAUAGCCAUCCUGUUUAACCUGAUCAUCAUUCUGCUGAUGCUGUUCAACACCUACGUGUUCCAGGUGGGCCUGGUGUCCUUGCUGCUGGAGCGCUUCAGGGCCCUGCUGCUGCUCUCCGCCCUCUACCUGACCCUCAGCAUCUCCCUUCACUCCUGGAUCAUGAAUCUACGCUGGCUAAAAUCAAACCGCUAUGUGUGGACUGAUGGUCUCCAAGUGCUUUUUGUCUUCCAAAGAAUAGCGUCCGUGUUGUACUACUACUUCUACAAGCGCACCACAGAGUACCUGGGUGACCCUCGGCUCUAUGAAGACUCACCUUGGCUCAGAGACGCCUUUGCCAAUGCCAGGGCCCGCCAGUGAGCAAAGAGCAGUGUGUGGACAUGAAACUGGCAUGGACAGGUCCAAAAUAAUGCCCUCCCCGUCCCGCGGACACAGAGAGACACUGCUACAGUAUGUGCAGAGCUGAAAUGGAUGCUACAGUGCACAGGCCUGAGCUUAUGUGGAGGGGGGAAACCAGAGGGAAGACCUCUGUGCUCUAUCAGACAUGGGUCAACUUAACAAGGAGGGUCAAAAAUUAGAUUCUGCUUGGAUACGGCAAGCCACUUUGCAGAGCAAGCCAGAUGUACAGGCAAACUGGUUUAGGGCCUUUUUAUUUUUUUUAUUUUACCUUUAUUUAACUAGGCAAGUCAGUUAAGAACAAAUUCUUAUUUUCAAUGAUGGCCUAGGAACAGUGGGUUAACUGCCUGGUUCAGGGGCAGAACGACAGAACGACCUUGUCAGCUCGGGGGUUUGAACUUGCAACCUUCCAGUUACUAGUCCAACGCUCUAACCACUAGGCUACCCUGCCGCCCCGGCCUUGAUUAAUGGACAGAACGUUGUACCAUGAUGACUUUGAUGCUAACAUGUGGGAACUCAUAGUUUGAUGUGACACAAGUUGUAUUUUUUUUCACACUUUGAAACUGGGUUUGUCUGUGUCGUUUAUCUAUCAAUGUAAUCAUUAUGUGUUGUUGUUUUUUUAUGUGGGAUGAUUUGUGAGUUUGUGUGCCAGAUUUUCUUGUGAAGAUGACUGGAAAAGAAAAAACAAUAAUGUUUUAUGUGUUUUAAAAUGCUUACUUUUUCCCCUGCUUUUUGUACUAAUGUAUUAAACAAAACCCAGACAGUACAUACACUGAUAAA